AUGUCUGCCGGUCCGUCUCUGACAGGUUCGAAAGUGGCCGAUGGUCUUCUACUGAUCCUUGUGGUCACCUACAUCUCUUCUUGGCUGAGAUCGUGGUACCAGCUUAGCCAUAUCCCGGGGCCUCGAGGCUGGGGAUGGAGCAUCUUCCCCUGGCUCAAACUGCACACUCGAACCGAUCUUUUUGAUCAGUUCUGUGGUCUGACUGACAAGUACGGGCCUCUCGUGCGCGUCGGCCCUCAAACCCUCAUUUGCUCCGAUUCAGAUGUUAUGAGACGCCUUUCCGCGCCGCGCUCGCCCUACGUGCGUGGAGAUUGGUACUAUGCCAUGCGGCUGAACCCAGGUCAAGACAAUAUCUUUUCCACUCUCGACGAGGCUCGACAUGAAGAACUCCGUCGAAAGAUGGCGGCCGGGUAUUCUGGCAAGGAGAACACGUCGCUCGAACAGGACGUGAACGCCGCUCUCCUGGAGUUGAUCGAUCUUGUCGACAGGAAGUAUAUUAGCACGGAUGGGACUAUCAAACCUAUGGACCUGGCCCGCAAAGUUGCCUUCUUCACGAGCGACGUCAUGAGCAAGGUCGCCUUCGAUGCCAAAUUCCACGAUCUACGUGACGAUAAGGACAAUUUUGGCUACAUCGAGGAGCUGGAGGCCCUCUUCCCCAACAUCACCUGGACAGCCACCGUGCCUGGGUUCCUGAAGUUCAUGACGAAUCUUGGCCUCUUACAAAAGCUGGCCGCAGCUGGAGACGGUAAUAUGGGUGUGGCCAGGGUCAAAGCAAUUGCAUUUGAGCAGGUAGGCAGGCGGUUUGGUCCCGACGGGAAGCCCAACCAAGAUAAAGAGGACAUGUUGGGAAGCUUCAUUCGGCAUGGGCUCACCCAGGAGGAAGCAAAACAGGAGAGUGUCCUCAACUUAACCGCUGGUUCUGACACCACGGCAACAGCAAUCCGAGCAACCCUUUUGUGUAUCAUGACAAAUCCAAGAAUCUAUCGCACACUCAUGGUCGAGAUUGACCAAGCUUUGGUGCAAGGAAAGAUUCCCGCAGGGCCAACGGAUAUCGUUACAGAGGCUCAGGCAAAGCAGCUGCCAUAUCUUCAAGCCUGCAUCAAGGAGGGGCUCCGUUGGUACCCUCCUGUGACCGGUGAACUAUCCAAGAAGGUCAGUUUCCAGUCCUCUGUCAAGGCCAUCCACCGUAACCCGAAGCUCUUCGCACCCGAUCCCGACUCGUUCCGCCCCGAGCGCUGGAUCCUCGCUUGUGAGUCGCAUGGCCACGAGUCCUCAGCCGAGAAGCUCAAGGAAAUGGAACGCAACAACGACCUUGUAUUCGGCUAUGGCAAGUAUCAAUGCCUGGGCAAGCCGAUUGCGUUUAUGGAACUGAACAAGGUAUUUGUGGAACUGUUGAGGAGGUUUGAGUUCGAGGCUAAAAACCCGCUGCAUCUGUGGGAUACCCGGUGCUGUGGGACGCAUCUGCAGAAGGAUAUGUGGGUGGUUGUGCGUAAGAGGUCUUUGUAG